AUGGGUGAUGAUGUUGUUCUUCCAUGUCAGCUUAAACUUGCUGUUGAUGCAAACUCUGAGACUGUGAACUGGAUCAAACCUGGUGCGGACCCAGAUGUUGUUCAUCUUCAUAAAGAUGGACGGCUGGUGUAUGAAAAUCAAAACCCAUCUUAUCACUUUCGUACGCGGGUCUUUGUGGAUGAACUGAUCAAAGGAAACGUCUCACUCAAAAUAUUCAAAGUGAAACUCUCUGAUGAAGGAACGUACAGAUGCUUCAUUCCCUGGAUACGUGAAGAAGCUUCCAUUGUUCUCACUGUUGCUUCAGCAUCUACACCCGUCAUAAAGGUGAUGUCAAAUGUCAGCAGCAGGGUGGUGUUACAGUGUGAGUCUGCAGGCUGGUAUCCAGAGCCUGAGCUGCUGUGGUUGGACGGUGAGGGAAACCUCCUCUCUGCUGGACCUACAGAGACCCUCAGAGGUCCCGAUGACCUCUAUACUGUCAGCAGCAGAGUGACUGUAGAAAAGAGACAUAACAACAACUUCACCUGCAGAGUCCAACAGAGGAAAACCAACCAGACCAGAGAAACACACAUACAUGUUCCAGGUGAAGACAUCAGAGAUGCCACAUUAAUUAUUACUGUUGGAGCAGCUUUCUUGGUGUGUAUUAUAGUGGCAUUUGUUACAUGGAAACUGAAGCAAAAGCAAAGUGAGGAACAGAGGAACACCAACCAGAGCACAGAGACACACAUACAUGUUCCAGACCACAUGAACGAUGGAAGUGAACAGACAGAAGAAGAAAAUAAGGACAUAACUCUCUUUAAUGACAACCAGACAGUAACAUCAACACAGGGACUGCUGGAAAGUGAAAAAAGGUGGCACGAGUCGUUUCAAAGAUUCGACUGAAUGGCCAAAAUGACUUUUUCAGUUAUGACCCCUCACUGCCUGUUUUAUAAAUUGUAAAAAAAAAAAAAGAAAUCAUUUUUAUUCCUCUGCUUUUAAGUUUGACUGAGUGAUGUCUUCUCACCUUGUAUUUAUUGUUGUUUUUAUUUGUUGAUCUCUUUUUUGAUAUCUGUUGUUUUAA